GGGGCAUCUACAAUCUUGUUAUGAAAUAAGAAACAAUCUUCUCUGCUUUCUCUCUUCUCGUUGUUUGCUCUUAAAGCUCCCUGUUUCCUUCGUGCGUUCGUUUAACCGAUUGCUUCCAACCUUUUUGCAGCGUCUCAACUUUCAUUUCAUUGUAUUCCGUUUCCAUUCCACUCCCUUUCAACUCUUUACCAUCAACGCCUCUUUCUGUACCUGGAGAGCAAACUCUCUUUUUAACUGUUUGGGAAUUAUGCUUGUGACCUACACCAUGGAGACCAGGAACGGUGGUGCGGACCUUAGCAAUAACAGAGUCAAUCCUGAUGGUAAUACCCCAAAAGUGGUCGAGGUCGAAGAUGCCACUGCUACUGUACCAGCCACUCAGCUUCCUAUUUCUCCCGCUAACCCAUCUGUACCUUGUCAAGGUCUUCCAACUAUCCAUUCCGAGUCUUCUCGUCGUUAUAUUCCGACGCUGCCUCGUCACAACCGUGUCGCCUCUGCUGGUCUUCGUGUCACCAUUCCUGAAAAGAGCGAUUAUUACAAUUAUGCUCUUUGUCGCCCAUCUGGCUAUGUUUAUCCUGUCUCCAUGCCCACGGGUCCAGAGUUCUUCCUGUUUAUUCCGGGGCCUAUGAUCCCAUAUCAAGGUUUUCAAUGCUCAAUUCCUCAUGCCGGCGUCAUACCAGGAUUUAUUCCUCCUGGUGGAUCUAUUCAUCCCAUCGCUGCGCCUACGGAUUCAAUGUCCCCUCUUUCUCUACCAGAACCUAUGCUUCCACACUCAGUUCCUCAUACCGGUUCCAUGCUUCCUGCUGGAUCUAUACUUUUUACAAUGGAUGAUUGGUCGUUAAUCAUACCCCGGCCACCAUUUUCACAGGGUAUCGUGCUUGACUCCACACUAUGGAUGGCGAUGCCGAACUUCCCACAAGCUUCUCUUGCCGGCUCGAACGCUGCCACUAUUUCGCAUUCCCAGACGGUUCCUCCGGGCCAGGGAGAUUCGUCUUCUCAGCAGCAACAGAACGAACACCCCACAUUCCCAGAACAGCGAGCACCUGAAACCCAGCGUACCGCUCUAAAGCGAAAAUCCGGCUUUGUUGAGCCUGUAGUAGCGCCAGAUUUUGUGACAAACUCCGAUAAUCACGAUAGAUGGGAGGUUGACGAUUAUGGCAGGUGGUAUCUUUUGAAUGUGUUGAGCAAUAAAAAACGACGUCUUCGAUAGCAGGUUGGACUGCAUGCUGGUUUCUUUUCCUCCUUUUCGGAAUUAUGGUACGAACCUUCAUUCUUUAUUGAGAUUUUUCCGAAGAGAUUUGGAAUUGGAUUUCUU